UGGCCGGAGUGUGCCUGGCGUGGCGUUAGCGUUGUGCUCUUGGAUGCAUUAGAAGAAGUUGUUGUUAGGAUGAAGACAUCUUUUCAUCUUUUCAUGAUUCGCUCCAAAACGUGAUAAGGAGUCUAAAUUCCACACGAUUGACCUGUACCCUUGAUUUGAGUUGCGAUCGACAUUUUCUGUGGGCUCGGUCAGAUUGAGUGAAGCAGUGACAAUCUAAGCACGCAAGCGCCUCCGGGAAGUUUGUUUGCAGGUAUCGCAGCCCUAGCGUAAUUACAAUUGUUUGGGCCGAAAGCGGAAGCCUCGAUCGUGGUCAGGAUCCAUAUUAUGUCUGACUCCAACUCCUGGUAUGGAGAUGAGUCCGAUGGUGAUUUUUACGACAGAAAAAAUAAAACAGACAGAUCUAGGUCAAGUUCCUGCCGUGAGGAAACGGAGGAAAAGAAACUCGGUAUUUCUCAACAUGAAACAAACAUAUGGGAAAACCUCCGCUUGGAACCCAACAACUGGUGUGCGAGAACUGCUACAAAAUUUAUGGGAUGGGAUUCUUGAGAGAUUCUCCCUCUCCCCUUGGGAAAUCGACGUAUCUGAGCACAUUGAUACCAAGAACAACAAGAUAAAUUUCAAAUUUCGCUAUAUUAACUCAACCCCAGCAAUGCGAUUGCAACUGCGAUGGCAACCUGACACCUUGCUGGGAGAGGUUAAGUAUUCGCCUAAGCGCCAGCUCCUCGAGCUCGUUAACUAUCACGUAUCACUCAAACGAGAUGUGCUAAUGUUGGGUACCACCUCAAAAGAAAGUAACCGGAUAUCACAGUAUGCCAUAGGCGGACAUGGGGAGGGACUGAAAGUUGGAAUAAAUGCACUUGUCCGUAACCACCACAAGGUGACAUACUACACUAACUCGGAAAUAUGGAAUUUCACCUACGAGGAAGUCGAGUCGCUUGGCCAAAAGGGCCUUACAGUCACCUUCCGUGUUGUACCUUCCAGGGUCACAGAUGAUGGCAGAAGGAAUUUCACAAAGUCUGCAGAUCAACACACCACAGUCGUGGUCAAGGGUAUCGGACUAGACGCCAUCUGUCUGGACAACUAUCUUUUUCUGCGGCCCUGUAACUCAAUACUAGCCCCUACGCAUAGAUCUGUGUUUUACAAGUGUGGAUACAUUUGUCUCACAGAGGAACAUGCAGGUCGCCUUUAUGUACGGGGCAUCCUUGUUCAUCGGCACAAGAUGAAGGACACCCCAACCUCAACCCAACCUACCCUUCAUUAUGGGUACAACAUACUCGGCAAUCUACCACUGAGCCGAGAUCGAGGCCUUUCAUCAGAUGAUUUCAGCCUAUCCGAAUAUAUCUUCUGCGUCUGGGAAUCUCUGCUCUCAGAUUCGCAAACAUCAGCUGAAGCAGCCAGCCGUUAUAUAAAUUUAUUCAUCGAACACCAAAAUUGCAGUGACAUUCACCACGCGGAUAUCUGGUUUGCAGAAUGUGCCCAGAGGGAUCAGCUGUGUCGGCUUCUUCUUCGCACUUUUUGUUCACUGCACAAGGCUCCUGACAAAAAGAUAUGGAUCCACGGAGGCGAUCCGGGCUCCGAGCAUGUCAUUCACCAAAUCGGUCGCCAUCCAGUAAAAGCCCCAGAACCACUUUACAAAAUCUGGUCCGAUGCUGGCAUCGCGUGGUCGCCUCAAAAAGAACGCGACAGCAUUUUCUUCUGUCUAUCUCCCUGGUCUGGCCCUGCCACUCCAUCUGCUCAACAUACCAUACAUUUGUUGGAUGUAAUGUGCACCGUUGACUGCAAUCUCUCUCGAUUUAAAUUUGAUUGGAAAAACGGAGGAGACAUAGACAUGGAUCUCUUAGUCUCCGAUCCUACUUCCACGGUCUCUCUCCACAGUCGCAAUCUCGAUCCUGUUCAUGUCCAUAGCAACGACGAGCACUCUUGCUCUGUCUAUGCUCUUUGGGAAGAUGACCAAUCAUCCAUUCCACCGCCUGCAGCCAGUGACUCAGUAAUUUGCGACUGUGCUGCUUUCAAGUUGUACUGGGGAAUCCGCUGGAACGUCAUGCCUCCAAGUGCUUCGCUUGCUGGAAUGGGGAGUGCUCAACAAAAUCUUGCGUCGUUAUAUCCCCGUAACCCUCAAGUCACUUCUGACCCCCUACCUGCUGUCCAAUGGAGGAUAAAUUCUGAAGCCAAGCUCCUAUUGUUCGAUGUGAAGAUUGUGGAAGGUUACGGUGACCCAGGAUUUAUGCUACAUGGGCCUGAAGGCCCACAAUUACGGAAGCGACCUCCUAGUUUCGUCCGAGGCGCAGAAGCGUCCGCGCCGAACUCAACUUCUGAGGCGAUCACGCAUUCUUCUCAGUCUCCGUCCUUUGUCAUGAAGGAUGUCGAAGGAUUACAACAAGGACGUUAUUAUACGGCGCAGAUUGCUGCAAAGGGUCGGACGAUACGAGCUCCUUACUCAGCCCCUUUCACGUUUGCCAACCCACUGCCGCCCGUCAGCGUUGCAAGAUACAUUCGCUCGGACAGGGAGAAUACACUCAUCGAAUUUUCCCCUGUAGAGGGUGCACAGACAUACGAGAUUACAAUCCACACCGCGACCGCAGGGGCAGAGAUAAUCACGAAGAAUGAUUGUCAAAUCUCUCUUCCACAUCAAGAAAAAUGCACGGUAGACAUAGUUGCUAUUACACCGGAGGGAAUACGCAGCUCGGAAGGAAUGACUAUCGACGUGCCGAGAGCGGAACCUGAGGUUCCUGAGUUUAGCGUAUUCCCGAUAUCUCUAGCUGCCGUCAGAGGAUCACAGGAUGGUAGCCCUCCAUCCUUAUCCCCAACACGUGAAACCAGUCCAUCCACAGGAGCAAAUGACAACGAGGGUUCCAAUCCUGCGACACCUAUGGCUCCUCCAGCAGACGCGGGAUCCUCCAGUGACGAAAGUGAGCCUAUGGAUUGCGAUGGCUGGAUUGAGCUGCAUGAGCUGGAUAGUGAUGAAUUGAGCGAGGACAGUGAUUACAAUGGUGAACUUUCAGACGAUGAGGAAGAUGAGGUUGAGGUUAAUGCGAUCUUGACUGGCGAGCGACGAAGGAAACGGCGGCGGAAAGCAGAGGUACCCCGUUGGGAACGGUUAACUCUGUAUCGAGUCAAACAACACAGAAUACCACCGCUUGACGUUGAGAGAGUUUCAGAGCUGGUGAGGGAGAUGAGUGCGGUGGAUCCGGAAAGGUUAUCAGAGCGGUACCGCAAGCGCAUGAAGACGCGCCACUACGCCGGGCCUCAUCGUAUGGGGCAGGCGAAUGGCCAUUAGUAAUGGAACCACAUCUGAUUUCGAUUCUUUAAUCCUACAUACACGCAACUCAAUCCGUUCAGAAAAAUCUCGCGUCAGCUAUCCACCAUGUAGCACCAUGUAGCAUAUAGUAUAUGUGCCGUGAUGUAGAAUAUAUACCAAUCAUCGUACUACUGAUCCGCCCAGUCCG